ACAGAUCAGAAGCGCCAUAUCCACACACGUGCUAAUGAAACGUUCUUCUACUAUCACACACUGAAGAGACCGUGCCUGAAAUGGAGAACGCUCCCUGGAAAUGCGGGCAUUACGCAAUGAUUAAGUCACGAUAGCCUGUUAAUUUUCCACGUUUAGUCUUAUUACAUUGUUAGGUAUACAUAUUUAUUACAGCCCCUCCAUAGCACUGCUGCUUUUUUGUUACAUUUGGACACAAGCAUGGGGAAAUCAAAGACCAAACACCAGAAGAAAUCCCGAUUACAAGCGAAUCAUGUGGCAGAAGAGACAUAUGCUUCUGCCCCACACUCCUUCGUGUUUCAACGUGGGAAGGUUGGUAAGAAUGUCGGCCAACUCGUGAUGGACAUGCGGCGUGUCAUGGAGCCCUUUACAGCAGAGUCACUCAAGGUCAGGAAGAAAAAUGUUCUCAAGGACUUUGUGUCAAUAGCUGGACCCUUGGGAGUGACACACUUCGCAAUAUUCAGCAAGACGCCCAGCAGUAUUAACAUGAGGCUGGCUCGGCUGCCCAAGGGCCCCAUGCUUCACUUCCGCGUGAAGAAGUUCUCCCUCAUCAAAGAUGUGGUGUCUUCUCUGAAGAAGCACAGGAUGCAUGACCAACAGUUCACCCAUCAUCCACUGCUGGUCCUCAACAACUUCAGCACAGACGGCAUGCAUGUCAAGCUCAUGGCCACCAUGUUUCAGAACAUGUUCCCGUCCAUUAAUGUGCAUAAGGUAAGCCUUAAUGCCAUUAAGAGGUGUGUUCUGCUGAACUACGAUCCUGAGUCACAGGAGAUUGAAUUUCGUCACUACAGCCUGAAGGUGGUGCCUGUGGGCAUGAGCAAAGGUGUCAAGAAGCUGAUGCAGGAGAGAUUCCCCAACAUGAACAAGUUGGAAGACAUCAGUGAGCUACUGAUUAAAGGCGCGAAUCUUUCGGAGAGUGAAGCAGAGCAGGAUGGAGACCACAACAUCACUGAACUGCCCCAAGUCUACUCUGGAAGAGGAAACAUGGCGGCAGAGCAGAGCGCUGUGCGAUUGACAGAGAUAGGUCCCCGUAUGACCCUGCAGCUGGUGAAGAUAGAAGAGGGCAUGGGGGAGGGCAGCGUCCUCUACCAUGCAGUCAUCUCAAAGACUGAAGAGGAAAUUCAGGAGAUCCUUAACCGGAAAGAGGCCCAGCUGAAAGAGAAGAGUCUGCGCAGGAAGAAGCAGGAGAAGAAUGUGGCCGAGAAGAAAGAGAGACAGGAAGAGAACAAGAAAAAGAGCCUGGCAGGUAUUAAGAGGAAGCACCAGGAGACUGAGGAGCAUGACAGUGAGGUAGAGGAUCCUGGGAUGCAGGAGGGCCAGACUGCAGCCUACGAAUCCGAUGAUGAGGUUGAAUACUACCGACAGGCUGUGGGGCAGGAGCCUGAUGAAGACAUGUUCCCUGCUGUCAAGAAAAGGAGAGAUUCCAGCAAAUUCCCAGGACCCUUUAAGAAGAGGACACAGUCUCCUGGUGCUGAGAACAAGCAUAGUUCGCACAGCAAGUCCGCGAGAAGACCUGGUCCAGGAGGACCGCCGAGAGACAGAAGGGGAGAUAUGGGGUGCAUUGUCUUGCUGUACCACCAGGGCACCUUCAUGGACAUGAACCUGGUGUCAUAA